AUGCCCCCCGGAGCAAGUAACAAAGCCUCAGCCCCCCAUGCCAGCGAGGAUGAGUCCACGAUCAAGGUUGCGCCGACAGCAACCCCCGCCCCCGUUAUCAGGAAAGGGCAGAUCAAACUGAGAAGACCGCCGCCAAAACAAGACAGACCCGGGGAUUGGAAGAAUGGGCGUUUAGUCGAUGGUGGGCCCCCUCAUAACGGAACGCGCCCGAUGGUACUCAUCAUCACAGGUGACAAGAAGAAGGGCGAUGAUACAUCAACCAGCCCCGUUCCCAUGUCCCCGGGUCCUAUUGUCAAUCCCUUGGACGAUGAUGCGCGAUCUACCUUUGAAACAGGCCGACCACUGGACGAUAUGACCCCGACAUUACUAUGCAAGCACUGCAAGAAGGGUAUCCUGAAGAUCAAGAUGGGCGAUCACUUGAAGGACUGUCUGGAGACUAAGAGAAAGAAGGCGCAGAGGAAGAAGGAACAGAAGGAGGCUCGUGAUAAGGAGAAGAGGAAUGCCCUUAAGGAAAAUGAGAAGGACGAGGAGGGAGACCACAAGAUGGCCGAGGAUGACGAUGACGAUGAAGAGGUUGGCGCUGAGAAGAAAGGCCCUGGAGGCUUGAAGUCUACGAAGAAGAGUGCUGGCAAGAAGGCUGAGACCGAUGAGACCAAGAAGGGCAAGAAGCGCAAAGCCGAGGGCGAUGCCGAGAAGGCUCCCAAGCAGAAGAAGAAGAAAGAAGAGCCCAAGCCUAAGGCCCCGAAGCAAAGAGUCGUUUAUUCUAACGUGGUGCGCCACAAAGGUCCUGUGGAUGUUGAGAGGCAGUGCGGAGUCAUCAAAGAAGGUACUCCCUGUGCUCGCUCUCUCACCUGCAAAAGUCACUCAAUGGGUGCCAAAAGAGCGGUCCCCGGACGCUCUUUGCCUUAUGAUAUGCUUCUCGCCGCCUACCAAAAGAAAAAUCAAGCAAAGCAGCAAAAAGCGGCAAUCGACGCCAACGCACCCCUCGAGGAUGAGGAAGAAGGGAACGGCCCGGUCGAUUCGGACGAAGAGCUCGCAGCCGUCCAACUCGGCCUCGCCAACUGGAAUCCCCAACCCGUCGUCCCACCCCUCGAGCUCAUGCCGAUCGAGCGUCAAUACCAAAAAGCACGUCUCCGCGAGCAGAUGAUGAACGCGACGAACGGGGGUACCGUUGACAUCUUCAAAGUCAUUAGCCUAGGCGCUCAGAAGUUACCACCUGGCCAUCCGCACCUCCUGGAGCUGGCGGCACACGCGCCAGCAGAGUCGGCGGGUCAUGAUCCGCUGGCGAACGGGAUGGAUGGCGCAGCUGCGAGGCGUGCUAGUGGGUUCAGCAUGUCUCUGCCGGUGCAGAGAAAGCACUCUGGGAAUAUUCAGCGGCAACCCUAA